AUGUGGGCUCCACUAUCAUAUACUAGACCAGAAUCUCAGAAAACUGACCUGACGUCUUUGUUUUCAACCGAUCAAGAACAAAACCCUUUAAACGACUACCAGUAUCAGAUCAAUAUCAGGGAAUUGGAGGAUUAUUACAACAAGACUAUUUUGAACGAGGAUCACAUAGAGGAAACGAGUAGCGAAAUAUCAUCUGCAGUGUCACUCUCUCCACAAAAACAAAAGAACGCUAUUCAACCGGGGCUACUGUAUGACCCACAAUUAAUUAACCCGUUCCUUCCAUCUGUCAACGUUAAUGGCAGCACAUCUACUACAGCCUUCAAAAAGAAACUAGAGGUACAGAUAAAUCCAGACUACGUCCCAAAAUCUUCACAGUUGCCAUUAACUUCACAGAAUUUGCAGCAGCUGUCUCAACAGAAGCUGAAAAAUGAAGCACCUUCUUUUCCACAGAAGGAAUCCUCAGGUCAUUCUAAAGUGAAGAGUCAACCACAGGAAACUCCCAAACAGUUAUACAAAACGGAACUAUGUGAAUCGUUUACUUUGAAGGGCAGCUGUCCUUACGGCAGUAAAUGCCAGUUUGCUCACGGUCUUGGUGAAUUGAAAGUUAAGAAAUCAUGCAAAAACUUUAGGACAAAGCCCUGCGUGAAUUGGGAGAAACUGGGCUAUUGUCCCUAUGGCAGAAGGUGCUGCUUCAAGCACGGCGACGAUAACGACAUUGCUGUUUACGUAAAAGCCGGCACUUACUGUAACAUUCCAUCCACUGGUAAACUUGACGAAAAGAGAGGCAGUGGUCGUAGCAACGAUCGCAGCUCCACUAAGAACAAAAAUCUUAAUGUUAAAGUGAAAGCCUUGCAGAGAAUGACUUGGUGA